AUGAGCAGCGUCUCGACACCGCUUUUGCAGACAAUCGAGCCCGAUGAACCCACAGAGCAUGCAGUCCCGACAGGGAACAUCAAUGCCUCCUCGGCGAAUCGCAGGACUCCCGUAGUCCUCACACCCGGGGCUCGCGUCUCAGAGCCUAUGGCGACCAACUCGGCCGACGCGGAAUCAGGCAUCGCUGGCAUAUUCCGACAAUCUGCCCAUCCGAUGGCUCUCUUGUUCUUGUUCCUCUUGCGUAUAGCCGCGAUCACAGUGUAUCUACUGUGUGGCUUCUUUACAAGCAACUUUGUGCUAUCGACUGUCCUCGUCGUAGUGCUCCUCGCGAUGGACUUCUGGAAUUGCCGGAACGUAGCUGGGCGCAUUCUAGUCGGUUUACGUUACUGGAACCAGGUGGACGACGACGGAGAAAGCUACUGGGUAUUCGAAAGCCGAGACGUAAGAACCCCUUCACUCCUCACCAAUGGCUUUCAAACCCUAACGCCGAGGAACCUCCAGCCGUCACGCCCAGCGAACCCGAUUGACUCCAAGAUGUUCUGGAUUGCACUAUAUGUGUUCCCACUGUUGUGGGCCGCUCUCUUCAUCGUUUCCCUGCUCAAGUUCAACCUCUCGUUCGUGCCUAUCGUGGUGCUCGCAUUGGUUUUCAACUUCUCCAAUGCCAUUGGCUUCACAUACGCUGACCGAGACGCCAAGCAAAAGUGGGCCAACAACCUUGCAUCGUCCGGCUGGAGUAUGGGCAUGGGUGGCUUUGGCGGUCAGAUCCUGAGCGGCGUAGUGAAGAACAGUGUCGGCAGGGUCUUCAAGUAG